AUGAGCUACGAAGCUCUGAACUUGCAGGAUGAGGAGGCACAGACGGAAGUGCCGCAAGCGAAGACGAACAGCUCUGUGAGUUGGCUGGUGCGGGGCGUCUCUGCUGGGUUGGUUUGUGCGACCGUGGCAGCCAUUGUCCUUUUGAAGUUUGCCUCCCCGGUGUCGUCUGGCAAUGUCCUCGGCGCCAAGGCGCCGCCUCUAUCUCAGCUUGCGCAGCUGGAACGAUGCACCAGUGCCCUGAAUCUUGGAAGGAUCCUUCACAGAUCAUGGGUUACCACUGUCUGCACAAGUUGA